GACUACAGACUCGACAGUUUAUUUUGUUACACAAGACCGAGUAGUAAGAUCGUACUGCGACGCAAUUCUACAGUUAUUUAAUUUAGUUUUAUUUUUUCAACUAAUUUAAUUCAAAAUUUAAAAAAAUUUGGUUUUUGCAAUUUGCGAACUAAAAACAGAACUCGCGAUGUACUGCAAAGUUGCUCUCGUUUUUUUGUUGGGUCUAACAGUGAUUAAUGCAAGCGUCAUUGCGCGUGUUAAUUAUCCAACUUACCAGUCAGAAGCGCUGCGAGAUCUACAUUUACCGUUAGGUGUCGAGGAACCAUCACGCCAUUUAUUGCCACCCUUCGAAGAUUAUGGCGGUGCACGUUUGUAUUCUAAUGGAAUAUUCAGAAGCGUACAACCCGACGGGCAGUUGCCGAAUGAAAGACAAGAGAUUGACAAACAAUUUGAGCCGCAGCAGUAUCCAUACGAUGUGGUUAAUCGCAUAUUACCGAAGGUGCAGGAGCCCACCGAUUUCCAACCGCUCGAUCAACAGAUAACCCAAGUCUCUGACAAUGUGAAAAAUACACAGCAAACUGUUAAUGAUUUCGAAAAUUAUUUGGAGGGUGUAGCCGCGGCUUUAGCACCGCAAAAUAAGCCUAAAAAUGGAGUUCUACGUGUUACUAUGGACAUGGCGCCCAAGCUUGGAGAAGUGCCAAUUAGUAGUUUAGCUGAAAAAGACUUCGCAGAUAGUGUUUCAAGCAUACUUGUGGGAGAUACACCCACAGAUAGCGAAAGCGCAGAGGUGGAUAAAGAACUUGACAAGUUUCUUUCAAGCUUGUUUGGAGAAAUACCAAACGAGCGCGAAAGCGCAAACAAGCACCAAGAAUUCGUAAAUGUUGUUCAAAAUAAAAAUCUAGGUACCUUUGAUGACAAUAUCAUUGAAGAAGAUAGCGCAAAAUAUGAAAAAGAAUUGGAAGAUCUUCUUUCAAGCAUGAUGGAAGAAAAAAGCGGUAGCUCAAAUAAGGACCAAGAAUUCAUAGAUUUUCUUCAAAAGAUUCUUGAAGAAGAUAACGCAAAAAGUGAAAAAGAUAUUCUAGGUUCCUUUGAUCGCGAUGUCCUUGAAGAAGAAGAGAAAGAAUUGGAUCACUUUCCUUCAAGCAUGACUGAAGAAGACUCCACAGAUAACAAUAGCUCAAAGCAGGAACAAGAAUUCGAAAAUAUUCUUCAAAAGAUCCUUGAAGAAGACAUUGCAAACAACAAAAAACGAUUUGAAAAUCCAAAUUCCUUUGAUGAAAAUAUCUUCGAAAAAGAAGAAAAAGACUUGGAAAAUCUGCUAUCAAGCAUGAUUGAAGCAGAUAUUGCAAACAACAAAAAAGAAUGGGAAGAUAGCGCAAAUAAUGAGAAAGAUUUGGAAAAUCUUCUUUCAAGCAUACUCCGUGAAGACAAUACAGAUAGCAAUAAUGCAAAAGAUCUUAGUCAAAAAGUAGAUAAACAUAAUGAUGACGAAGAAAAAAUCGAUGAAUCUUUGGACUCUUACUUAAAUAAAAUAUUCGCUGCAGAAGCUCGUCAAAAAGCAGAUAAACAUAAUGAUGACGAAGAAAAAUUCGACGAAUCUUUGGACUCUUACUUAAAUAAAAUAUUCGCUGCAGAAGCUCGGGUAGUAGAAGAAGAAGAAAAAGGUGAAGAAAUAGAGCAAGCAAGCGCUGAUUCAUUUGAUGAAGAUUUAGAAGAACUAGAAAGGAAUAAUUAUUUAAAUAGUAUAUUUGCUUCGAGUCCAACAUUGAAUGGUGAUUAUUUCAUACGUUAAGAAUUAAAAUCUAUAAUAAAAGCUUACUGUAAUCGAUACAUUUAAUUUAUACUAUAUUAAAAGCUUUACUUAAAUCUCAAAUAAACAUAUUUACAUUUAAAGAGUAUAAGACUCUUAUUUGACUAAAAA